AUGAGACGCAUCAACUUCCAGACCCCAGGCCCACACGUCCAGGUUCAUCAGUGCCAACCUGCCCUGCAAAAGUUCAAGAACCGCCUGGUCAACAUCAUGCCCUACGAGACCACCCGCGUCUGCCUCCAGCCAAUCAGAGGCCUGGAGGGCUCCGACUACAUCAACGCCAGCUUCAUCGACGGAUACAGGCAACAGAAAGCCUACAUCGCCACGCAGGGUCCGCUGGCGGAGACCACGGAGGACUUCUGGAGGAUGUUGUGGGAGAAUAACUCCACCAUCGUGGUCAUGUUGACCAAGCUCAGAGAGAUGGGCAGGGAGAAGUGUCACCAGUACUGGCCAGCAGAGCGUUCAGCCCGGUACCAGUACUUUGUGGUGGACCCCAUGGCUGAGUACAACAUGCCCCAGUACAUCCUUCGAGAGUUCAAAGUCACAGACGCCAGAGACGGGCAGUCCAGGACAGUGAGGCAGUUCCAGUUCACCGAUUGGCCGGAGCAAGGCGUGCCCAAAUCAGGGGAGGGCUUCAUCGACUUCAUUGGGCAGGUUCACAAAACCAAGGAGCAAUUUGGACAGGAUGGACCAAUCUCUGUCCACUGCAGUGCGGGUGUCGGUCGGACCGGAGUCUUCAUCACGCUCAGUAUCGUGCUGGAGAGGAUGCGCUACGAAGGGGUGGUGGACAUCUUCCAGACCGUCAAGAUGCUGCGGACGCAGAGGCCAGCCAUGGUGCAGACAGAGGAUGAAUAUCAGUUCUGCUAUCAGGCUGGUCUGGAGUACCUAGGAAGCUUUGAUCACUAUGCAACGUAAAAAGCCAUCUCGCCCCCUCAGAAUCCUGCGUUCCCCCACUCGACAGUCUCCUGAGCCAUAGAAACUUGUUUUAAAUUUGACACCACCACCAACAACAACAAGACUAACCCCAAGAAAUAUCCAAGCCAAAAGGAAAGAGAACCCAUUGUAGAGCUUUCCGAAGAAACCUGUUAAAAAAAGGCCAACCAUUUCAAUUGUACUGAGUGGACCUUGGUACUGGUGAGGAAAAUGUAAGGAUUCCAUCAGCAGAACAACUGGCAUCCUCGCUGACCGAUAGGAACCAAAAACAGCACUGAGCUGUGGGGUGGGAACGAUCAAAGUGACGGACUGCGUACCUUACCUCAAGUGUUCAGACAUGUAAACAUUUUGUGAACAUCUAUUAAAAAAGGAAAUUAAAAAAAAUAUAGUGCCGUACAGUACCAACAUCGCAAAGUUAACCGUCAGUGAAUGAAGGAAAAGCCAGAGUGACGAAGCUGAAAACCUAACGGGACUAAGAGACAGUUAUACUUAUAUGUUGUUUAAAUGGUUGCAGUUCCCGCCUUUUCUGAAACGUUAUAGCGAUGGGGUGAGAGCAAAUGUUCAUGGUUCAUGGAAAUGUGAUGAACACAUUUGAAAACUGCUAUCCAGAGAGUUGGGGAUGCUGUGGUGGCCUGUGUACACACAUGAUUGUCCCCAUACAUUGAUCACCAACAAGAUGAACACACCAAGGGAGCAGGAGUAGGACUGGAAGUUCAACGCAACCCAACACCCACCCCCUCUCGCCACCUAGCUAGCAAACGCCCAUAGUGUAAACGCCAAACUAAUCAAACGCUCGCCAUCGUUGAAGAGCAACCCUACCCAUUGAACUGUCAAGGCUUUGUGGAGCUCAGUCUCCACAGUUGGCUGAUGAUUGCAUCUCUAAGGAACAACGAAUGGUAGGGUGUUCUUUUGCUUGUUGUGAAAUGCCAAUUCAAUCACAUACCAGAUCAGUUUCUCGAGCACUUGAAGGCGCGUACCACAUUCGGUGCUCUCAAGGACAAAAACCCAACAUGUUUAUAUAGUUCCUGGAGGCGUGGCUAAGUGGCUCAGCCGCCACUGACACUGGGGGAGAAUCUUUCUUACCAAGCUAGUGAUGUCGACGUACGAUUGGUGACAUGGGAGACAUGACCAUAUCCCCUUGACUUUUUACCAUCACUCUGCCAUUUGGAAGGGAAAUAUCGGGAAGGCUGUUGAAAAAUGGAGGGAAUCACCAAAUGAGGAUUGGCAGCAACUUGUGGAUAAUGGUGACAACUGGGCUCUCUCUGCAAAUGUGUACAGCGACCAACACCCAUUGUCAUCACCUCUGACUUUUGUCUCACGAUUAAUUGUACUUUUCUUCGUUUUGCUUUCCUGUCAAAUACCAAACAUGCUGCUUAUCUCCUGUAUGCUGUAAGUGUGACUCUUCGAUAGGGGAUCUUGAGGACUUGAGGAUGGCCCCCUGACUCGCCGGGCCACUCGAAGGCCGUGGCCGGAAACAAACCCACAUGUUUGUUGUUUCUUAUUGUCCUCUCUCUUUGGCAUCCUCAGCACUCACCAUUUCACCAGACAUUCAUUCAAGAAUCAAUGAGAGAGGCAAAAGCCUUGUGGGGGCUAAUGGUACGGGGGGGGGGGGGGGGGGGGAUUUGAAUUUGGAGCUCCGGUUUAUGUUGUGUGUUGAUAAAACAGAAGAACACUGGCUUUUUAACUCCCAAUUUUUUGGUGGAUUACUGAGGAUGAGGCAGCCAUGGAAUGCGUUGCCUGUGACAUAGAAGGGACGUGCCCUUAUACAAAUUAUACUUGCACAUCAAAAAACUUGAAAUGGUUUCUCUCAAUGUUCGCAGGGCCAAUUUUACACACUCGAUAUAUGUGAUAACGACUUCACUUUCCAUCCCCCUCCUCCCCCCUCAACUUUCUUUUUCUCGAGAGGUCAGUGCUACAGGUGUACUCCAGAGUAUGUUUUUAAGAUUUUUGAAUAGGUAUGCACACUAACAGCGUGAUGAAAGGAAGUGUGUAGUCUUUCUUAUUUCCAAAAAAGCCUUAUUGUUAUUUGUAACAUUAUGAAACAUUAAUGUUGUAUUAUGAUGACUAUUGUUAUUUUACUUUACAUAGCUGACUUCUUAUUUUCAUUUUUGUUUCGUUUUUUAACAGAGAUAUUGUAUCGGUUUUUUGGGGGGGAUUAGCAGGAAAAAGUAAAUGCUUACUUGUUCAUAUUACGUUAAAAGACAUUCUAUUUUUUCACUGUAGAAAUGUUAAGUAUAACGUGUUUGUGUAAGUGUGCAUAUAUAUGUCUAUAUUGCACAUUCACACAUACAUAUAUUUAAAUGGGAAAUAUAAAGAUAUAUCCACACUGUUAGUAUGAUUUUUUUUUGAGUUUUUCCUCUUUUUGUUUCCUUUUUUGUAUCACCCAUACAUUUUGCUCAUUUAAGAUUGUUUUCUUUGUUUCGUUUUUUUUCCGUUUUUUUUUUACCAUAACCUUGGGAAAUAUUGAGUGUUUCUCUGGAAACAGUGAAGGGAUGUGAAUGGCCAAGCGCCACUCCUACAAUGCUUUUAAAAUUCCUACCAUUUGGUAGACCUGUGCCGAUAAGGAGAUGGUGUUUUUAAUUGUUAUUCAAAUUCUUAUUAUCAUUAACUCUUAGUCAUUAGUAUUCGUUUUGAGUAUUAUUUUAUAAUUAGUAGAUUAACAUGUCUGUAAAGCAUAACAUUUCAGGCAAAUAACAUUGUUACCCAUGGUUCCAUUCUGAGUUAACCAGAUGAAACACUCUGCUCACUUAGUCUUUUUAUAAAGACUUUGAUUUCCUCUUUUAAA